AUGCCUUCAUACCAAGCCGAUGACCUCGAUGAUCUCGAGUUUGCUGCCGAGGGCGCGAGUCCGGACCAACAAUCGAUCGCUUCGUCUCGUGUUGUGAGAAUUUUCGAAGAGAAUACCAUCACUUACGGAGUCAUGGGGGGGAUGAACUUCUACCUGCGUGGAUCUGGCCGCACCACCGGCGAUGUUGAUAUUGCCGUUCACAAUCGGCCCCGCAUGGACGCUCUCUUGGAUAUCUUUAAUAGCUAUCAAGGAUCAGUCCGCCGUUCGGUAUUAGAGAGCGAGGCAAUCGAAAAGGAAGAGUUUGCCAUCCAGUAA